AUGGUUCGUACUCCACCGGGGGUUACCACGAAUGAGCGACUCUGAUGUAGCGAAUAUCAAGCUCUCCUUCCCAAAUUGGCGAUCACGUCCGCGUCCGACAGAUCAUCCGGACGAGUGCUUGAGCAGACUAAGAGGGCCAUUGAGACACGCGUGCGCUGCGGGCACCAGGGACAAAGUGACAGAGCCGUUUCAUGAACCGCUCGAGUUUGCCGACGUUGCAUAUGGUGGCUGCGUGGAUGUGCAGCGGCAGUGGCCAUAUCUGCACAAGGGCAACUAUGGGAUCGAGCACGUGUACGGUUGUAUUCGAGAGCUUAACGAUGAUCAAGCAAAUUGGCAGAUCCGCGUUGGAUGAAUCCAUGGCUUGGAGUUGCAUCCCCAUUGCGCCGGGGCUAGCGCGGGCGGAGCUGCAAACGAGCCAUCUCGCCAACCACGCUGAUCAGGGCUGGGAAUGGAUCCUUGACAUGACCCGAAUAUUUCCAUUCAUCCAUGGAUCUCUUGAAUCUUUCACCUCGCACCUUAAAAAAGAAGCUUGCUCUUCCCGAGACCGAAUAACCGAGUCCACUCCGGCGCACCUGAGAGUGACCAGACCCGAGGGAGUGUUGUUCCCGAAGAGGUGCAGGGAGUUAUUCGACAACAUGCAAAAUUGACAUGCGAAAUGCGGGCAUGGUAUUCAUCCGGCCUCACAGCCCUGGAGGCCUUAACGUCCCUCUCUUUGCGCCCUCUCUCUGUCCACGUCCGUGGUGGGUAGUACCACUCGGAUGUCGGCGUGGACUAUGAAGAAAGCAAUCGCCGAAUCCAUUCAUCACGGAUCUCCGGGCACAUGUUCUGCUCGUCAAUCAUCUGAUUCGUCGCCAUCCAGGGCAAUAGGCGAGGGAAGUAUGCACGAGCGAUGGCACUAGAGGAGGAUAAGCCUAAACCAACGAAGAAGCUCAACGACCUUGGAAGUCAUCUGGUUCUAGCUUGAUAGACAAAUGAUUGACAAGCAAUCUGGAGUGAAGUGAUCAACUAUUCUAUUGCGGGAA